AUGGCGGAGGCGCCCUUACGGCUUGCGGAAAACAUCAUCUUGCUCCAGAAACUAUGCGACAAACCGGCGGCACCGGCCCGCAACGCCACGGCGACUGACCAAGGCAGCGAUGAUGGGAGGCAACUGGACGCAAAGCAUGAGAUUGAAAUCGUAGAGUGUCUUGCUUAUCUCUCAACUUAUAGCAACGAGCCGGAGGACGUCAUGGCGCUUUGCCUUGAAGAGCAUUCAGAUGGGCGGAGUUGCACGAUUUCGAUUGCAACGAAUACGGGCUCUACGGGGUAUCUAGAGAAAGGAUUACGAAACAUGGCAAAGGUUCUGGAGCAGGCGGCGGAGAGUCCAGAGACGAACCGCCUCGAGACUUUACUUGAAUGUGUCGUGGCUCAUGGAAGAAACCGCUUGCUUCGACGAUUAGGUCUCGACACUCCAAGCCAGAUAUUUCAGAUGACCACCGCAGGUCACCUUGCUGAAGCUCUUGCUCACUUCGCAAACAACUACAAGAGAGCUGCUCAGACGUACGAGAACGUUUACGCUCUCUCCCGGAAACUCUCAAACCUGGCUCGGCCACUCCUGCAUCAGGAUCUCUGCUCGACUGCUUCGCUCCUUUCUAUCCUCAUGACCUUCUCCGACCUCUGGGGUAACCAUCACCUUGACAUCCGCAGUAUCUUCUCCCAAGUAACAAACCGGCAAAUGGACCCAAGCAGGAAAGAGCACCUCGAACUGCGCCUCGCACACCUGGGACGCUACGUACCAGCAGCCAAACGUUUGCUCAAAUACGCCCGUCAGUUUCCAAUUUUUCUGUCUGUUCGAGUGCGCCCAGUCUACGUGGCACCACUCAAUCUUUCUCCAUAUACAAAGGGCAUCCCAGCUGUUUCAGCUACCGGUAUCCUGAACCGUCACAUCCACCGCUCGAAAGAUGUGAAAAACCAAGAGGUAACAUCCGCUCUGCAACAAGUUCUCCACCGUCGCCCAAAGAAGAGUCUGGCUGCGUGGCAGAAAGAUAUCCGAGAUCAGGUUGUCCACUAUCAGUCACUGGGGGGUUAUAGGGUCCAUGCCGAGAUCCAGCUAGUUAUGGAGUACGCAAGGCAAGACGACGUGAAGCACCCUCCGCGGGUGCUUAAGUCCAGCAAAAGCGCGUGUUUCUUGUGCAAUAUGUUCAUCAAGAUACAUGGUAAGUGGUACACGCCGAAGACGCACGGAAAAUUGUAUAGUCGGUGGAUGUUUCCAGCUCUGGAUGGUCUUGGACUUGCGAAGAAAAGAAGAAGAGAAAUGGCAGAUGUCGUCGCUAGGUUUGAAAAGGCAAUAGAACAGGAAAUCCUCCGGGUUGCGGUGGAGGGAGCUAAUCGCCUGAACAAUCCAAGGGAGAGCGAUAUUUUCUCGCUGGCGGCUUCCACUGCGCACUCCGCUUCGGCAUCGGGUAGCACCACUACCGAAAUUGCAGAUGAACCCCAUGAUGGGCUCUUCAAAUCCGAAAUCGCAGGCGUCGAUGCAAAGGAAGGCAUGGCAAAAGGCAGAUUGUCCAUGGCAUCAUCCACCACUUCUCUAGAGGAAACGAGUUCCCUCUCAACGCCGUCAGAGGCGGGAAAUGGGCCGCGAAGCCGUGAAGACCUACACAAUGCUGACCCCUUAGCCUCACCGAUUACACCCCAAACGCCGACUCUACCUACACGGCAGACGAGCAAAUUCGAUACAUUGCCAAAAGAGCAUCCCCAUGAGAUCGCUCAGUCUGUGAGCAGGGAUGACUUUGCCGCUACACCAACCGUCAACCUCGAACCUGGACUUUCUUACCCCUGGUUAUUCACUCAGGGACGUUCUGCCAUUCGAUUCCAUACCACAAGCAUCCAUCUCGAAGUAUCCCAGGCAGAGGCUGCGUCUAUAGCGGCGCGAAGCUCUCUCAAUUCACCAGACCAAAAGGGGUGCCAUAUCGGACUGACCGCCACAUGGCUUGAUUCCGACAAGGGAAAGGAAAUCUUAAUGCAGUACCGGGAUUCUAUCGUCGAAUUGCAAGGAGAAUGGUGGAAGCUGGAACCAGAGGAAGGCAUCUUGUUCGGUGUAUCGGGUCUGUUGUUCCGGAACGGGGAGCACGUCGUGCAGCUUAAAGCGUCGUAUAUUCAGACUGAGGAAGGAUAG